AAAUAAUGACGGUGUAGGCCACACCGCCCCACAAUACUCUAAAUGCAAACCAAUCGUGUUUAUCCACAGGUUCCCCAAAAUAGUUACGCACAUAACUCAGUCAGUCGGUCGAUCGUGCGGUUGUGUGCUUGUCCCUUCUCGCCCUACUGUUGGUGUUCCGGUCCCUCCGGUCAGGUACCGAAAUCAAAACCGCACCACGUCCUAAAUGCACCCGUGCAUUCCUUCAACGCCUGCCUAAAAGUGCAAUAAUCGGUAAAACACUCCCCCCGUGUGGAAGAAAAGUAUGGCAGAAAAGUAGCAAAGUGUGCUGUGUGUGCUUUAUUUCGAAGCGACAAUCGAUCCCAACCCGUAUCGUGCCGCCUUGUUGUGUGAUGAGCUGUCUUACACACUUCAGCGCGUUCUCUUCUAUCGCUGGCAUGUACGUCGAAGUGCUUUCAUCCGGAUUUUGCGCACCGUGUCCGUAAGCGAUCAUCAUCGCAUCUCGCAUCGCAAGGAGAGAUCAACACUUGGAUCGCGCGUCACUAACGGAAAUAAAACGUUCAUUGUUGGGAGGAUCUUCUCCUCGUGUCUCGUGUGUUGCUGCAAGUGUGCGGUUGCGUUCGCUUUCCACGGCAUUCGGCGUAGUGUGCGUUUCGCGUUUCGAAACAGAUUGUACCGACAGCAUACCGCAGCAAACGAAAGAAGAAAGAAGAAAAAAACGGGAAAAAUCUAAGGGCGCGCACACAAAACACCGCGUUUCGUGUUAAAGUGCUUCCGUCAGGUUUGAAAACGAUCGCAAGAGUUCGUCGCGUAUUGCGCCAUCACUGAUGGGUCCGUGUUUAGCAUUGCUGCAGACCAAACCAAGCAAGUAGAAGAGGGCUACAAGGUGGGCGAUUUAUGUGAAGUGAAGUGAAGGAAAAAAAACGGGGUUUUAAACAAAACAGUGUUGCGUUUGCAGAACCACCCUACUGAUCGGGCCCAUUAUAACCUCGUUUGUGAGGUUACAAAUUCCAAACACAACAACAACACCCCUCUACAGCCCUUCCACCGCUUCCCUCGCUCACACACACACACACGUCCGAAAAUGCUUGAAUCGAUGAUCAUGAACCGAAUCUUUCGGUACUUCAUGAAGUUCCACGGGUACUUCAUCGCGUUCUGCACGAUCUUCUUCACCUCCGUCAUCAUUGUGAGCUCGUUUAUGGGCCGGGACGUACACGACGAACCCCUGUUUGUGGAGGAAGAGUUUGAACCGGUGCUAAAGUUUCCCGUACUGAUACAGCUCGAAUCGGUCCUCUGGUUGACGGCAUCCGUGAUGUUGGUGGCCGGACUGUACAAGGAGAGCAAGAAUUACAUCACGCCCUUUCUGGCACUCUUCAUUGCGGACGGUGUGGUGGUGAUCGUGCAGGAAACGGUCAAUCUAUGCACCGGACGAAUGUCGGAGUUAGCGACGAUCGAUACGCGCCAGCUAGUGGUGAUGAUAUUGGCAAACGUGUACGUGCUGGUCAGCUUAAUCGUGCUAUAUCGGAUGUUUGGUAAGGAGCCGCUGCCAACCACCCAGAACAAUUUCGUCCGCUUCGACAACGAGCAGGACGUGGAGUCGGGCCCGGGAAUUGUCCCGGCAACGGCAAUUCCCACAGCGCCACCCGUCUCAGCCAAUGUCAACGGUGCGUUGAACUCGGCGCCCGGUUUCGCGAGUAACGGUGUCACGCAGCACGCGACCUAGGGAGUGACUCAUACACCCGGGGGAAAGUGAAGCUCCGAGCGCACCUUAUGGCAAUAUACACAUACCAACUUCGGUGCGAACAUUAAAAUGCUAGUGAAAGUGAUGUACAUAUUCGUUUUAUAAGUGUCAGUUUGGAAUGUUGUCGCGCCCGUCAUAGUGAUCAAUUGGCCAGAGAUUGUGGAGUGUGACAUUGUUUUGGAACGCUUUCGGAAGGGAACGCUGAAGAACAAGGAUGAGAGGAUGAAGCGAAGUAACAACAAAAAAGUAACCUCCCUCCUGAUGAGAUACCGCAAAUUCCACGCAUUCUGUUGUAUUAAUACCAACCAUUAAGCUCGAUGCUGGAUAUGAGGAGGAUGGUGUAAUGCCCCUUUCACAUUACCAAACGAACGUGAACGAGGUGAUCCGUACAACUGCAGCUAAAUGAACAUCGUCACUAAAGGAAACUGAUCUACUGACCGCAAACACACACAUACGAGCUUGCAGAAAGUAACUCACGUGCUUUACCGCAAUUGAUCAAUUAGGGUAAACUUGCAUGAGAGCUCCACCGCAACAAACCACAGAUCAUCGAACGGGAAGCUGUGUGCGUGUGCGUGUCCAACGUGAUCAUGGUUCGUUUGUAAUGUAAUCUUCUGGGAAAUGAUCCUCAAAAGACGCGGAAUCUCAUCGUAUCUGUCUGUGUGUGCUGUCACCCAGCGAGCAGGGCUUGUUUGUGUAUUGUUGAUGGGACAUUUAAUAGACUAAAAGUCAAAACGGUUUGACAGUGAUCUGACACGGAGAUCCUCUCAGUGAGAAUGAUGAUGCACAGCUCAGCUUAGUUGACCUUACAAAUAUCUAUAAAUGAACCGGCCACCGUUGUUUUAGCGAUA